AUGGAAGAAACAUUCACAUGCGACACCUUUCGAAAUUCCUGUGACGAUCUCGACGCCAUUCUCUCCAUCAACAGAUACAACGAGCAAUGGAAAGAUGACGCAACUUGGAUUUUAACUUCAUCGUUUGUCAUCCUGACUAUGCAAUCGGGCUUUGGUCUACUGGAAAUUGGUGCCAGCACGGCAGGAAACGAAGUCAAUACCAUGCUGAAGAAUGUUGCUGACAUUUUAUUCGGUGCACUUGCAUUUUACUGCGUGGGAUUUGGCGUUGCAUAUGGAGAGCCUUCGAACUUUUUCAUGGGAUUAGGAGAUUUCUUUCCUGAGGGGGACGAGGUGGCUGUGGAGUCAGGUAUUCUGUAUGCUCGAUACCUGUUUCAGCUGUCGUUUGCAGCGACAUCAGCGACGAUCGUCAGUGGUUGUAUUGCCAUGCGCAUGCGUUUUAUAGUCUACUGCAUAUUCGCAUUUUAUGCCGUCGUCAUAUAUUCCUUUGUUGCCCAUUGGGUUUGGGCGCCGGGUGGUUGGUUGGGGGAUCUGGGUUUUCAUGACUUUGCUGGCGGAGCAGCAGUGCAUUUGCAUGGUGCUGUCAACGGGUUUGUUGCUAUAUUGUUCGUUGGAUCACGACGUGGUCGCUUCGACGGCAGUCGACCAGAAUCUGACUUUGAAGAAUCUAGUCCAAUAAGCAUGUUAUUUGGGUUGUUCAUGUUGUGGUGGGGUUGGAUUGGUUUCAACUGUGGCUCUACAUUUGGAAUCGCCAAUGAUAAGUGGAUAGUAGCAGCUCGAGCAGGAGUCAACACUCUCAACGCAUCGUCUGCGGGUGGAAUCGUUGCUAUGAUAUAUACGGCCAUUCGGUCCGGUGGAAAAUAUGUACAUCCUUCGGAUGUGGUGAAUGGAAUCUUGGGUGCUCUGGUAGCCAGUUCCCCGACAUGUGCCACGUCCCAUGGUUACGAGUCUCUCGUCAUUGGAGCAGUUGGAUCGUUAAUCGCCAACUGGGUGAAUAAUACAUUGAUGAAGGAACGCCUUCACCUUGAUGACCCUGUUGGGGCUAUCGGUGUUCACCUAGGUGGGGGGCUAUGGGGCUGCAUUGCAGUUGGUCUAUUUGCCGAUGCCAGCUUGCCUGGCGCUGGAAUUGACAAUUCGGGUUUAUUCAGAGGUGGAGGUUUCGAACUCAUGGGCAAACAACUGAUUGGCAUUGCAGCUAUUUCUGCCUGGUCUCUGCUGACAAUGCCUCCGUUUUUCUACAUCGUUGGUGUUCUCUUCAGCAGAGACUGGAAGAACCCGCGCCUGGGACUACGUCACGAGUAUGACAAGAUGGACCCCAACGUCCAUGGGUGUACCGAGGAUCCAACUGACAAAAUCAACGAGAUGAUCCGGCUAGCGCUGGCAUUACGAGAUCAAACUCACAUCGGUGAUAAGAGUCGAGUGGGGGUUCUAACUGGAAUGACCGAUGUUUCCGGAAGCUAUAGGCACAAUUUGAGUACCGGUAAUCUGUCAGCGACAGCAGAGGAAUAUGCUGACUCCAAGCGCCAGGAUACUGUACUAGAAGAAUAUGAUUCGGGAGAGAUAUCAUGUUGA